UGGGGGCAUCUCGCUUGUGAUUGGCGGAAUCUCGUUUCAGGCAUUUCAGGUAUCACGUUUGCAUUUCUUAUUGUGGUUGUCCUGAAAGAGGACGAAGCGAAGCGAGGAAAGUGUUAAUGAAGUGUUUGUUGACAAUACCACGUCUGUUCACCUUACGAAGAUUUUCCAAUAAAUUUUAUCAAAAUGGUGUCUGGAGGAAUGACGUGUGUUAAAUAUUUGCUGUUUGUGUUCAACCUCUUGUUUUUCGUCUCAGGUGUUGUGAUUUUGGCGAUUGGGGCUGUUAUUUACGUGGUGUAUGGGCACUAUUACAAUUUCGUUUAUGACAGCUUCCAGUCGGCGCCCCUUGUGUUGAUGAUCGUGGGGGUUAUCAUUUUCCUCGUUUCGUUCUUCGGCUGCUGUGGGGCGUGCAAGGAGAACCACUGUAUGAUCAUCACGUUCUCCGUGUUGUUGCUAGUGAUAUUUACGAUGGAGAUAGGCACUGGCAUUGCAGGCUAUGUUAGGAGGAACGAAGUUGAGGUCAUGUUGGAGAACAAACUCAACUCGACAAUGUACGAAUAUUACAGCAAUGAGAAAAUUAAAGAAACGUGGGACAUUGUCCAACAUGAGGCCAAAUGUUGCGGGAUGAAUGGCUACGAAGAUUGGGAUAAGGUGAACCACAAUGGCAGCCUCCCGCACACCUGCUGUCCCGAUACCCCCGACGAUGGUUCCUGUACUCAAAAAUCGACCAACAUUUACAAAGACUCUUGUUUCGUAAUACUCAAGGAAGUUUUCACCAAGUACGGUUCAAUUAUUGGCGGUGUGGGGAUUGGAAUCGCCGUUUGUCAGCUCAUGGGGGUUAUUUUCGCCUGUUGCUUGGCGCGUUCCAUCCGCCAGGGGUAUGCAACAGUACUCAAAAUGAAUCUCAGCUGGAGUAAUAGAGUUAUUAAAUAUGUGCUCUUCGUUUUCAACCUGCUGUUUGUGAUCAGUGGGAUUAUUAUGAUUGCAGUGGGAGUUUCCGUCAAGUCAUACUAUACAGAAUAUGAUGUAUUUUUAAACGACAGUUACUUCUCUUUACCCAAUCUGUUGAUAGCCAUCGGGUCCUUAAUUUUCUUCAUUUCGUUCUUCGGCUGUUGCGGGGCUGUGAGGGAAAGUUGGUUUAUGAUAUUCAUUUUUUCGAUUUUGUUGUCGAUUAUCUUCAUCAUGGAAUUUUCUGCCGGAAUCGCUGGAUAUGUCUUAAGAGACAAAACAACCUCAUUUUUAACAGAGGAGUUAUCAAAUUCUAUGAAACUGUACCAAUUUAAUGAGAAGCCUAAUCCCACCACAGUUAUGUGGGACACAAUUCAAUACCAAUUUGAAUGCUGCGGUGCUACCAAACCGGACGAUUGGGCAAAAUACGUUCCCACUCCUUCAACAAUUUCAUCAACGGUUCCAAGUUCUAGUGAAACACCACCAUACUCGUCAAGUAGUCCUGAAACAACACCAACAUCUACAACAAAUUCUACAAGCGAAAGUACUCCAUCUGCUACAACAAUUGCCGAAAAAAAACGUCGAGCUGUUGCACAACCGGGCACAGAAAGUGGAGACCUCCCUGCAAGCUGCUGCCGGAGCAACAACGGGGCCACGGGAACAAUAAAAUGCAACCUAAAUGAUAACUCUUCUGCGACUUACUACAGUCGGGGCUGCGUCGAGGGCUUCGGAGACUAUCUGAAAGACCAUGCUGUAACGUUGGGAGGCGUCGGGAUUGCGAUUGCAUUUAUACAGCUUUUUGGCGUAAUCUUGGCCUGCCAUUUGACCAAGCAGCUGAAACAUGGUUUUUACAGUACGUAAAUUGUGCAUAAUUAACAAGAUAUAUUUUCGAAAGGAAUUAAUGUUUUAUUGAUUUAUUGUUACUUAUUUGAAAUAUAGCUACUAAACAUAGUUGUUUCUAUUUUUGCUAACAAUGUUGGACUUAGUAUUUUUUACUGAGCUAGCUCAUUGUGUGAGUAUCUUAUUGUUUGCCAUUUGCUGAAUUUUGGGUUUUGCAAAAUUCACAACUUUGUUUAUUAUUGUUGCGUCAUUGUGAAAAUAUUAGGGUUACUCUAAACAGAUCUUUUAUUACUUGUUGUUUCACAAAAAUAGAAUUUAUUGCGUAGUAUUUAAACACAUGGCUCCCUAGUAAAAGUGUUGCAGCUUCUUUGAGUAUUAAGGGCCUAACGAACAAAUUGUCUUGUCACACCCAUCUAAAAAAAUUGUAUUGAACUUGUUCCUAAUUGUGUAAGUGUAUCUAUUCUAUACAUAUUGUUAUACGACUUUUGAAUAAAAAUUACGUCACUAA